UGGCCAUCGUCUUUCCGCUCAGACCCGGCUUCACGCUGCGAUCCACGGGAGCUGCCAUCGUCGCCGUCUGGAUCGUCGCCUGCGCCAUCGCGGCCCCACAGCUGCACGUGCGGUACGUGCAGGAGGUCAAAUGGCGAAACCGUCACGUGAUCCAGUGUCUGGAGCGCUGGCCGAGUAUUAUGAUGCUGCUUGUCAACAGAGAACACCCACUGCGCGCGUGUACCACACAUUCGUUGCCAUCGUUAUGUUCUUCGUUCCCAUCAUCGUCAUCAUCGACUGCUACGCAGUCAUCUGCGUGUGCUUGCUGGUCCGGAAGUCUCCAGUGUCUGGCGCCGCAUCCGACAGCCACUCUCGCGCGAAGAGAAAGGUGGUGCGCAUGUUGGUGGCGGUGGUCGUGGCCUUUAUCGCCUGCUGGGCCCCAUUGCACAUCAUGGAGCUGCGCGACACCUGGCGAGACGACAACGAUGAACAGAGUCCCCACAUGGUGACGGUGCGCUACGUGGUGCUGUACGUGGCCUACCUGAACAGCGCCGUGAACCCAGUCUUGUACGCGGGUUUCAACGAAAACUUCCGACGUGGCUUCAAAGAAGUCUUUACUAACGGCUGUCUACCUUUCCUCAAAAAGAGGAAAAUUUUUCCUGCCUCUCUGCGCAGCCAAAGUGGAGGUGGGAGUCAAAUGGUGCAACGAGCGAACAGAGCGAACGCCGCAGAGCCCAAACCUCGCCAGCACACGAGGCUAGAAAAACUCCAACCUCGCCUGAACAAUACAGAAACGACACCAGCAAGCCCCGGCGAUGAGCCUUGUCAUCGCCCCAACAUGGCGACGAUCCAAGGCAGCGAAGGUGCUGGUGACAGGCAGCCAGUGAUCCUGGACCCCAGUCGCCUGCACGUGGGCAACGGGGCCGAGGGCGACCCCUAGAAGUAAUGACGUCACUGGAGAGACGUUUGUUACCUACCAGUGUCCGGCGAGUUUCAAACAGUGCUUCAUGAAUGCUAAAUCACUACAGCAAAUUUUUUUUCUGUGCCAUUCGUCUGUGAACAGGCAGGUGAUCUGAGUGGAAAGCAUAAUCAAGUGUAUUUCCCUUUUCAUUACAUAUCAGUAAAUCCGUUAAUGGUGUGUACACUCUAGCAAAAACAAGAAAUGAUGACGCAGCACCAAUUUAUUUAAAUUUAGUCAGCCCUCUUUUAUGUCUUCAGUUUGGGACAUGCUGCUUUGUGACAUGACACCCGGGAAGUCAUUUUGGGCAGAGAGAGAGAGGGGAAAGAAACGGGAGGGUUUGUGCGGAUCGCUGAACUGCUUUGGGGAAAAGCGAGCUGCUUUGCUGUUAUUUUCUUCGGUCUGUUUAUUAAGUGUAGUUGUCUGCUUUUGCCAUGUGUUGCCAUGUGUGAGUGUAUUCAAAGGCGGUCCAGUGCAGUGAGGAUUGGCUGUCCUGGAUUCAGCUCUCGUCUCGGGCAUGCUAUUCUUUCUCAGCAUGUGGCAUCUGCUUACAUGGCUGGCUGCCUUGCCGUGACAUAACGAGCUGCUGACCCGAUGGAAAACACCAAUUCCCACCUACCCCACUUUUUGUUCUCUCGUUUUACUUAUUGGAAAUAAACUUUUAAUGUGUUUUGUCAACACGUGUGUGCUCUUGUUCACUGAGGAUGGAUUGAAUUGUCGCUCGUCUCAGAUGCAUGGAUGGAUGAAUGUGUCGGGUAUGGAUGAGCGUUGGUGUAUACACAUUUUGUGGAGCCCGAGAGCAGUGCACAAGUCACCAGACACAACCUCGGAAGUUUGCUAAGAGGGUUGGAUGCUUUUCCUUGAUUUUGCCUUAGUUGUCUUCUCCAGUCCAGCUAUGUGAUAGGCAACAUCGUCAAUGAGAUCCACAUCAUUUAAACAAGAUGAUGACAAGAAUGAUUUUUUCCAUACAGUUCCUAGAAUUUAUGUUCUUUUUGUAAAUGCCUCACAACCCUGUACUUUCGUUUUGAGCGUUGAGAGUCACGUGGUGUUUCGAGAGAGCGCCAACCGGCUCGUCACUCCUCACAGUAGUUCAUCGACUCGAAAGGUUUACAUUUUCGGAGGACAAGAAAUCUCAGUUCUGCACAGAAACCAGCAAAAUGUCAAGCAGUCAAUUCAGCACCUUACAAAAGCUGGCUCUUGCUGCCAUAGUGAUGGGAGGAAUUAUGUGCCUGGUGGGACUCAUUGUACCCUACUGGGCGGUGUUUGGCAUAGAUGGGGCUGAGGGCGACCUGGGGCUCUGGAUGCUUUGCGGAAAGAUUUGGAAAGUGUCAAGUUGUGGAAUAAUUCCAUUUUUCUUGACUGACAUACCCUUCCAUGUGGCUAGAGGCACCGCGUGCUGUGCGUGUUGAUAGGAAUCGCUGGCGGCCUGUCGGGUCUGUGCAUGGCUUGCUGCUGCCAGGGCAGGACAGUCGGCGUGGGCAUCACCUGCUUCGUGGCUGGUGCAUGUGGUGCAACUGCUCUGGGUAUUUUUAUUUCCAAGGUUGAUGGAGCUGUGUCACUAAAUAUUGAGAACAUACAUAUUGCCCACUACGGCUGGGGACUGGGUCUGUUUGCUACUGGUUUUGCAAUCCUGCUUGUAGCUUCCUUUGUGGCCUGCUUUGCCUCUCCCAACAAUCCCUUGCCUGGCUAUAUCUUAACAACCAGCCCAUCAGUCCUGGUGUCGCAGACAACCAACAACCCUUACCUGCCCAUGAAUGAUCCAGCUAUGAAUUCUUCUGUUAUGGUCACUUCGCAAAUGUCAACUGGAACCUACAACUCUCCUGUCAUGGGUGCCUACAACCCUCCUGUCAUGGGUUUCAAGUAGAACCCUAACUUCAUGACAUGAAGAUAAAGUCUUUUGGUGUAAACUUAAUCUGCAAAUGGUUUUUCAUACUUGAGUUUUUUCGUUGUGUAAGAAUUUUUUUUUAUAACAAGUGUCAUAGCAUAAAGAAUUAUUAUUAAAUUAAGUACUCUGUGUUCUCUUGAGUUAUGUCAAUUGUGUCUAUAAAUGUCAAAAGUCAGAGAUAUUGUUGAAAAGUCAAAGAUCUCAGAUUAUUGCAAUACGUGAACUUCAAGUUUCAUUUUUAUGGACUUUUGAAAACAAAAAGGGAAUUCAUUUCUCUAUUGAUAAUCAAGUUCAAUCAACAAAGCCGAACAAAUUCACCUAAUUGGUAUAAUUUAUCUGUAGGUCAAAGCUGAGAACAAGUAAAUGUCACAGCAGAUAAAAAAAAUUAUUUUCAAAGAGAUACUUUAGUAAAGAUAUCACAACUUGUACAAAUUUGUGAGUUUGCCCUUAAGCCAAGGAAUUAUAAAUAGGCUAGAUGAUGCCACAUCUUUUUUGUGAUAAUAAUGUGGAGAUUUAUACCAUUUCUCUUCGUUGAAGUCUUGGCUUUACUUACAAUUCAUUUUUUCAAAACAAUAAGAAUUUAAAGAUGUAUUGUUAUCAGAAUCCUAUCUGGUGUCUUUUCACAUGUAAGCAUCAUGUAGUCUUGUAAACUAGUAUUGUAACUGUAAAUACUGAGUACCAUAAAAGGCAUGUUAGGUGGUUCAGGUGGGGUAGUUAUCUUCUUUGUAAUAAUAAGGCAACGUAUCUAUGUCCCUUGCAUAUUCAACUUCCAGGUUGACCAAACGUUCCUAAGAUGGGAAAGAUGAGUGAUGACGAAAAUAUUUCUAAGUGGAAAAUAGCCAGAUUGAAAGAAUAUUUGCAAGUUCUUGGAUUAAGUGUUGGUGGAGAAAAUGUCAACUGAAAUAUUUCACGCAGAGAACUAUAGGAAACUUGAUUGACGCCAUGUUUAGGGGCAGCAUUGGAUGUAGCUGCCAGACAUCCACAGUUCAUGAGUAAAUGAUAAAGUUGUUUCGAUCUGUUAUUGCGUGUGGCAUCUUUGAUUUGAGAACUACCAGAGGGAAGAGGUUUUGUAUAUGCUUACUUUAUUCUGAUUCUAAUAUGAAACCAUCAAAGCUUGUGUUUCAUUUUUCAUGUUUGCUUUUUAGGAUUUGCUGUUUAGAGUAAACAAAAUAAAUCCAA